AUGGCCCAAGUCACGCCCACCGAUACUAACUUCACAGUCUUCAUCCGACUCCCAUUCCCAAGGGGUGAGUUUGAAGAUCCUCCACCGGUGGAAUGGAAUGCAACAAAAGAUCUAGACCUCUGGGACAUCCUGUCGCGCCCAUCCAAAGGCGAUAUAGAUUGGAAAGCCCUCGCGGAGCAUUUUGAUGUCACCUUGCAAUUCUUACUCCAGCAGGCAGCAUGGCUUUAUGACCGCCAGCUGUCCCAAGUGCGCGCUCAGAUGCGCAAAGUCGGUACCACCCAAUCUAACUCUCCUUCCCCGGCUCCAGGCUCUGUAUCUGGCAGUACGGCGUUGGGUGGACAGCCGUCAAGAGAGACGAUAGUUCCCGGAUCCCGGGCGCCGUCCCGACAGGUAUCUCAACAACAGGAUAUUACCCAGAGAGCUGUGGAAAAUCGGCCUACUAGUGUGGCAUCGACACAUCCUAGUCAGGCUCGCGGGCAAAUCCCACCGCGUACUGAGAUACCGGUGACCGACAACGACUCACGAUGGGACUCGUUCGGUCGUCGUCUAUCGGCCGCUAGACGAGAACAAGCACCAGUUUCACCCCUGCCCCGCUCUCCUCCGUUCGAGGAAGAGCCUCUUUCCUCGAGCAUGUCAGAGGAAUCAGAAGGUGACGAGGAAGACACCAGACGUGCUCCUCGUUUCAAACGAUUUGGGAAAGCCUCGGUCCACCCGUCUGGUCUCCGGGAUGACGAGGAUGACGAGGAUGACACACCUGCAUUCCUCCCACUUGUCCGAGAGUCCCAGCCGUCUCACCCACCGCGCCCCGGCCAGGAGCUGAGUGCUACCCUUCGACUAGAUGCCGAGCGAGCCACCCAGCGACGUCGGGGCCCAGAUCCACGAGUUCCCCACCGGGUUGUGGCAUCCGAGUCCUCUACUAGCUCUAUGAGCUCUGCUGACCCUGUCGGUCUAUCUCCCGUGGAGACGCGACGAGCAGACCGCAGAGCACCGACUGGAGGACCUCGGGCCCUUGAGCCCCGUCAGAACUCACGCAGGUCCAAUGCAUCUGGCCGCGAGACCAGCGAUGGCACCCCCAGCAUGGGGAGUAGUUUCAGUGACCUUGACGAUGCUAGUGUCACCCAGUCAGCUCUGGAGGAGGCUCUGUUGAGCAACAUGCAGCAUGGUGGUAUGGCCAGUCGGAUGAGCACUAUCAGCCAGGCACUUCGCAGUCGCUACCUACAGUAG